AUUUCAAAUUAAAUGUAGAUUGAGUUAUUUGAAUACCACAUGGCCAUAACUCAAAGUCCAUUGCAAAUAUAUUCUCUUUUUUUUUCAUUACAGCUAUAACGUCAGCACAGUGCCAAAGAAAAAUAAACAUCGCAAUCUCAUUGGAGGAAAUUGAGUGGUCAACGUAAGCGCUCCCCGUGAAUGAGAAGAAGAAUAGGUUACAAAGCAGGGGAUGACAAGUCAGAGAUAUCGACAGGCAAUCGUGCAAACCUAAAUAAUCUUUAGGACUAAACAAUCAAUCAUAUUUGGAGUAAAUAUACCCAACACAGAGCGACAGAUUCGAGAGUUUGUGCUUUUGGAAUCCACAUCCAAAACUAGACGAGGGUGCGCAUUCCAGAACAAGCUUGGCGUUUUUAGCUUGUUCCAUCAUCAUGACGCUGACAAUUGAAUAGCUUAGACUAUGUGACUUUUGUGAUAGGCAUGCUUGAAAUAAUGAGCAAGUAUUUUAUUUGAAAAAGCCUACUUACGUUUACAAAAAUGGAACGACAGCUUUACAUGUCAGAGCGCAAAAAUAUGGAUACUUGCUUGAGACGUCUGAAGCAGGAACUGGUGUCUAUGAAGGAGGCAGGAGAUGGCCUCCAUGCUCAGAUGAACUCCAUGAUGGGGGCUCUUCAGGAACUCAAGCUUCUACAAGUGCAGACAGUGCUGGAGCAACUAGACAUCUCAGGGAGGCCCAUCCAAAGGGCGGCCCCACCACCAACAGCAGACACAUGUGGCCCUUGCCCUAUCCCCAGCCUCAAGCCUACCCUCGGCCCUGUCCACGAUGAGACUCACAGGCCCCCCUUGGACUGGACAACUGGUCGGGAGGAGCAGCGGCAGCAGAGCCGAGUGGGGCACCGGAGCAGCCUGGGCACCUCUCCUUCCUCCUCCAGCCUGGAGACAUUGGAGACUGAGAGUGAGAGCCAGCCUCUCCCUCUCCCCCGCAGAGUGUCAGGAUACACUGCCCCACAGGUGGAGUACUGUGGCCCACGUCUUAGCCAAGUGUUUCCAGAGCAGCAUCAGCAGCCGGCUCACCCAGCCCAGGUGGUGGAUCUGCCUGGCAUCCUCUACAGCCUAUCCAGGGAAGGCCCCUCGCUGGACAGCGACUACUCCCAGGACAGCAUGGACGACUCCAGCGACUGGACCUCCUCGCUCAUGAGCCGCAGCCGCAACCGGCAGCCCCUGGUCCUAGGGGACAACGUUUUCGCCGACCUGGUGGGCAACUGGCUGGACUUGCCUGAGCUGGAGAAGGAGGAGAUGAUUGGGGGUGUUUGUGUGGGGGCAGACGGAGCCGACAGGCCCGACUCCCCAGCCCACCCUCUCCGUCUCAGCCGCUCCCAGGAGAUCUGCAGGAAGUUCUCUCUGACCACCAACAUCUUCAAGAGGUUCCUGCGCAGUGUGAGGCCUGACAGGGACAAGCUCCUGAAGGAGAGGCCAGGCUGGAUGGUCCCCGAGAGCCAGGAGGCCAAACUCUUCAAGAGGCCCAAGAAAGUGGCCAAGCAGCAGGCCAAGGGAAGCUUCUACCUCCCGUUCUGGGCAGGUGUAGGACAGCAGCAGCAGGGUAAGGGCCGGCCAUGUCCCCAGCUGGCUGAGGAGAGACACAGCCAGAGCCAGAGCCAGUUCUCAGAGAUUUACAUAGACAGGAGACAAGAGUGGAGACAGGAGGCCAGAGUGGAGAAAAUGCAGCCCUUGUUUGACUACAACACGGCUGUGUGGGUCUGAUGCUGACGCUGCUCCAGGGUGGUGGCAGGUGUUGGGGAUUUGGCUGGGAGCUCUGGGAGGUUUGUGUGUCUGUCUGUCUCCACUCAGAGAAUGGACUGACUGAGGAAUGAACAUCCACACUAUUUCCCAACAGAGAGAUUAUCAGGGCAACUGUUUGUCUGACAAUCCUAAGACCUAAGACCUGUGACUGAGAGAGUAAGCAGGACUUCCUCUUAUAGAUGGGUUCACCAAAACAAUUGUUAGGGUUCGAAUGAGUCCGUAAGUGCCCUGGACUUAUACGAUAGACGGUACUUCAAUAUAGACAUGAUGCUCAGAUAAUGCUCUGAAUUCCAUCGUCAUGGUUCACACCUCAACCCUGUUUCAUUAUGUUUGAAUGCUGCUGUAGGUCCCACCCAAGUGUAUCCCCACCCUCAUGUCUCAUCUCGUACUUCUAUCUAGCAAUAGAACACAGCUGUUACACGUACUGCAUGAGCUCUAGUAAAUGUUUUAUCUGUGACGUUGUGAAACAGUUGUCACUGAACUGCCACUAAACAUGACCACAGGUGCUUCUUCGCCUCGAGUCAGACAGCUGGAUGAAUACACAAGGGUCUAAUAUUGUCACAUCAACCUCACUCAGGGAUCGGGAUGUGGCCUGUGUGACCGACUGGGUUUGAACCUGGAUCUCCUGUGCGCCACAAGACUGUUCUAGCCCGCCGAGGUAAAGCCUAGGCGUUAGCUUGGGGAGCUAACACAAGUCUUCAGGUCUCAGGCAAGGUUACUCGUCACAUAUCCUUGGUCUCCGAACCAGCUCCGUUACACCUUCACCGUUCACCAGCCACCUACACACACAAAGCCAAUCCAGGAUAGGGUUAUCUCUUGCCUAGUAGACAUGAUGGCACAUCUUGACUCUAUAGCCAAUCCUCCUGGCUAGCGUAUUACACAUGAGAGAGAGAGCGAGAGCUGUGUGCCAUCUGGUUGCCUACAGUUACAUAAGGACAAGCCAGCAGCACAGACAAGAGGUGCAGUCAUUCAGCGUAGGCUGUCAAGCGUUUUCCCAAUCAACCCUAAACUGCGAUGCGGCCGUUGCAUAUGUAUGUAAUAUGUAUCUAAUGCUAAGCAGGGCCUGGAGAUUUCAAGAUAGCAGAGGACUGAGGAGGAGAAUGUUUACAGUGAAUCCUUCCACAUGUACAUACAGUACUAUACCUAAUGAAGUCAGCCAUAUGUUUUCUCUUUGCGCCUAGAACCACAGGAGAACAUGUUAAUGAGCAUGUUAAUGAUGUCAACAAAGUCUAUUAGCCAUUGUGUUCAUUUCAUUUAAAGGGUCUUAAAGAGAGGAAGAUUGAACCCAGUAGAAAUGUGGUUAGUCCUAGCUCUCUUUAUGAAAGAUAUUGAGGCGUUUCGGGGAGAUUUCACAGAGCAGUAUGGCGCAACCUUUACCUUCAUUUCCCAGAGCUGAGCUCCACAUCAUUUCCUCAGUGAAAUCACUGAAGUGACAAGGACUAUUUAUCUUAUUUUAGAAGACAUAUGGUAUGCAAAUGCAAUCCUCAGCCCUCAGUAAUAAGAGUGGCUUGAGGAGUUGAUUUGAUGUGAAACAUCACCCCAUCCAUGCAUUCAACAGACAUGAAUUUGAUUUGACAUGAAUUUGAUUUGAUUUGUUAAAUAUCGCUAUGCACAUAUGGCGGGUUUUUCAAUAUUCAGGUGGGAUUAUGUUCAGUUGGUCACACGUGGACGGACCGCCUCUACAAAGCCUGUUAUGCUAGAAGAGCCUCUCUGCCUGUCUUCUUCAUAUUUACAACUGUAAUUGUCAUUUUUAGCGCUGUUGUUAAAACUGCGGUUCUGCGAACCUCAAAGUGUUACUGGGUGUAAAACUGUCACUGACUCUUUGUAAAUUAAACUGUUUUCUGAAAAAAGA